AUGCUUUGGAAUCCGAAGCAUCCUUAUUUCUACUGCAUUGGACUCGUCGGGAUAUCCAUAGGGGAGAGGACUAUCCCGGUGCCAGAUAUGCUGCCGAGGGUGAACCGCAGAGGGGAUGACGGCGUGGUUGUUGACAACGGAACCACGUUCACGAUGUUGCUGACGAGUUUGUACAAUGCGGUGGUGAGUGAGUUCGACGGGCAAGUUGGGCAACUUUCUACUGAUGAAAAAAAGUGA